GCAAGCCCAGCUCUUCCCAACGCUCAAACAUUUCGCCCCCGCUGUCGUCGCUUUCACAAGGCGCCAUAUUUGUCUAUAGUUUUCAUCAGGCGAUCCCUUUACCCCGCUUUUGAGACUCUACCACCACCUCACCCCGUCCGAACUCACUGGCAGCGUCACCAUGGCCUCCUCCGAUUUGGACCAGCUCAUUGAGAUGGGUUUUGAUAAGGAGAGAUCCGAAAUUGCAGUGAAAAAGGGCAACGGCAUUCAGGGCGCUCUCGAAUGGCUGGAAGAAAAUCAGGACAAGUCACUGGAGGAAAUUAAAGAAGCGGAGAGCGAGGAGGGCCCUGCACUUCAGCCGGGAGAGGAAGCUCGCAGCUUGGUGUGCAACGAGUGUGGCAAGAAGUUCCGGAGCCAUGCACAGGCCGAGUUUCACGCGUCCAAAUCUCAACACGUUGACUUCUCCGAAUCAACGGAAGAGAUUGCACCUUUGACUGAAGAGCAAAAGAAGGCAAGGCUCGAAGAGCUUAGACAGAAACUAGCGGAAAAGCGGGCGGGACUGUCAGAGCAAGAUAAGAUUGACAAGAAGAGGAAUGAGGAAAUCCGCAGGAAGAGCACGAAGGACUCCCAGGACGUUAAAGAAGAACUCCAGCGAAAGCAAGCGCUCAAAGAAGCUGAACAGAAGAAGAAAGACAAGCUAGCAGAUAUCGAGGCCAAGAAACGUGUCAAGGCUAGGAUUGAAGCUGAUAAGGAAGAACGGCGUCUGCGGGCUGAACGGGAGAGAGCUGAACGUGCAGGUGUAGCACCUCCUGCUCAGCCAGCACCAGCCCCGGCGGCCACCACGUCUGGACCCGUUGCCUCGAAGCCCGCCUCAGCCUACACGGAAACCCGCUUGAGAUUCCAGACAUCGAAGGGAAAUAUCAUGAAGACUCUCCCAGUGACUACCACACUCUUUGAGGUCGCUGCAGCUCUGCAGCGAGAGGACGGCAUAGAGGUACACAGCUUUGCGCAGAACUUUCCCCGGAAGGUCUUCGAUGCGGAGUAUUUCGGCGAGUCACUGAAGGACUUGGGCCUGAUCCCUAGCGCGAGUCUUGUUGUCCAGUGAUUACUCAUACAUCUGUGUUCCUUGCUGGAGCAAACCGAGCGUUGAAAUAAUGAUACUCUACAAAUCAGUAACUAAGUGGUGAUGAGGUUCGUAAUGAUUUUGUUUGUGCCUUAAAAGCAAGGCUCGCAUUAAGAAUGUUAUAGAUUGUCAGCAUCGCAUGAGUUCAGCACAGAAGCUGAGAAGCAACCGAACGAAGUAUAAGCAUAGAUUUAGCCUAGAAAAUUGACAUCAUGGAUUCUAAAU